UGGAAAAUGGCUGCGUUUCUUAUCCAAACCUCUGGAGCUGGGCAAUAAAACCCCGUCAAAGCGGAAGCAUCUCGCAUGUCGUUAACGUUCACACCGAAACAAUCCGAUGUGGUGAUUAUUCGUUAGCUAGCCGACGUCCUGUGGUGCGAAAAUAUUUGGGGAAAAUGGAUCGACUCAUGCUUUGAGGGAUGAAAGAUCAUUUUUUUCCUUAACCCUUUCUGCACCGAGAUCUGCGAACAAUCGAGCAGAGGAUGAUGCGCCAGGUGACAAGCAGUGACUUCUGCAUGACUAGCAGGCCGUCGUGCCUAGCAGAGGACGGCCACCACCCCGCCUCCCACUUUGACCUGUGCACCCAGGCCAACAAGUUCUACCCUCCUCCCCCUCCGUCGGCCGUCCAGAUGACGCUGGCUCCUAUGACCUUACCCGCCCAGAGCCACAAGCCCAUGGUGUGCCAGAGACAGGAAGUGCUCGGGAGCACGCCUGGAAAAAUACCCAGCAUCAAAAGCGCCGAUCAAGCGACGGACGACGGCAAGAAGAAGAACAAGGCCGCCGGGAAGACGGGCAGACGCGGGAGGCCUUUGGGAACCACCAAGCUAGCCGGAUACAGAACCAGCACAGGGCGACCCCUCGGCACCACCAGAGCGGCGGGGUUCAAGACGAGCCCGGGAAGGCCGCUGGGUACAACCAGAGCGGCGGGGUACAAGGUCAGCCCCGGACGGCCUCCUGGCAGCAUCAAGGGCCUGUCUCGCCUCAACAAACUGGCUUAUGGUAGCACCUGCAGCGGAGCGGCUUUCCCCUAUCCGCUGCCACACAAGGACGUCCUCUGUGAACCUUCCUGCAAAGAGAAGACAGCUAAUGAGUAAAAGGCUCUACUCUGUUUCCACUCACCCUCCAUCAGUUGAAUAAGAGACGCAUGUGUACAGGUUUCCUGCCAGAUAUGGGGGUGAUUGUAAUCUUCCCCAGUCUGCUGUGAGGCUGAGAGGAGGAGAUUUUCUAUUAUUCGUGUUGGUGUCAUCUGUGUGCCUGCCACCUGAUAUAAUACUGUUAGUCUUUCAGUGCCACUGCUGGAGAUCUAUAGUGUGCGGAAGGUUUCACUACACCUUGCUGUAUCUGUUUUCUUGGGGGGAAAAAAAACAAUAAUAUCAGAUGUUCAUUGAGCAGGGGGCUUUUAUCUUUCUAACAACUGUAGUGGUAGGUUCAUUUUUGGUGUGUUUUAUUACUGUAAACAAAGGAGACCAUCCUGAGAAGAUUAAUAACCACAAUCGUGUGAAGUGUGUUGGGCUGCUUUACAGCACAAAACAAGGACACGUUUAACUUUGUAUGUUCAUCACACUACAGUUUGAAUUACAUAAUAGCCAAUGUUGUUGGAUAUUCCCUCUUGUUCUUGCUCUCUAAACACACAGAGAGAGAGAGAGAGAGAGAGACAACAUUGGCCACAGGAAGGUUUGUUGGAAACAUGGACUUUAUUUUAAAAAGCUAAAUGUUAUAUGUAGCACCUUCUUUGUGUCACAUUUGGAACAUGAGAGGCAUCUCCCAUCAGAGGAACAGUUGGAGGCCAAGUGCCUUGCUCAGUGGCACUUUAAAGACAGAUGAACAGCUAAUCUUCCAGGCUAACAGCACCCCAAAACUGAAAUCCAAUGAAUCGAACUUCUUCCACUCGGCUCCAGAAUAACACUAAAAAAACAUUAUUCUUGCUAAUGAUGUCUUACCGUUCACUCUCUUAAUGUCACCUCGAGAAAUGUCUAUGUAUAGUUUGCAUGCAAGUGUCAUCAAAGCAACUGAGUCAACCUACAGAUUGUUAUCCAAGUCCGAACUAAUGUUUUUUUGUUUUUUUUAACGAAAGGUAUAAACUAUAAAGAUGACCGCAACUUAGUUUACCCGCCGCUUUUCCUAUAACCUGCUUAUUAUUGACCAAUGUGGACCACCGAUUGAUCGCCACAGAAAAGUUGUCUGCGGGUAAACGUUUGGAUGAACGUGUGUUUUUCUGUCCGCAUUGUUACUGGGUCGCUCGUCAUCACUGUAAAAUUUGAGGUAGUUCAUCUUGCCCACUACAGACAGUUCAAAACCCCCUACUCACUGACAAUGUCACUGCAGGAACUGGAUUUUUGUUACCUUUCUCCUGGUAGAAAUGGUUUCUCUACUCUGAUUUGUGUCAGCUUGCCUUGGCCAGGGUACCAUUUAAAAGGUUUCACUACCAAUACAGAAGUUCUGCUACAGAUAACAAAAAUAUACAUUUUAUUACUCACUUAGUCUUUACAAAAUACCCCAAAUUUCUUGAAAUCAUUAAUGUUUAAUUUUGUCUCAACACAAAGCAGCUGAAGAAGAGCUUUCCUUAAAUUAGAUACACUCAAUAUCUGAUCAAAGAUUAAGCAAACAAAAAUCUAAACAAGCAUUCAAUUCCAACUUUUUAACCUGACAGUUUUAGAUUCUCAUCGCUACAGACACAGAUAUGUGGAGAAAGAGAGUACAUUGCUUUAAAAGGGACACCUUGUAUGUUUUGUCACAUGGUAGGGAAGGCUGCCACCCAAAGAAUUACUCUGUAUCUUUUGUGUUAUCCAUCAAAACCACUACUUGCGUUAUUUGAAUACAAAUGUAGCGAACAUGCAACAUUCAAGUACAAGUAAAGAUAUAUAACAAGAAAAAUGGACAGAUGGAUAUCCAAAAUAUCAUCUUAUCUAUAAAUGAAUGUGUUGCAAAAGCCGCUGACUAGGAUUGAUAUGGCAGUUAACAUUGUAGUUAUAAUAUUUACACAAAUCUUUAAAACUAUCUUAUUUAUAUUCUUGCUCAAAGAGAAAAAAUAAUACACGUUUUAAUUAGCAUUUUAACAACUAAUAGCCACAUGCCGGUAGUUGACCUUAUGGAGCACUUAGAAACCACUAUCACAGGCGUGAUACGGACUACAAACCAUCUCAAUCAUGGUCUCAUUUGUUUACAAGGAUCACACUAAGUAUGUAUUGAUGUUUUCAUUUCUACAUGGUAAAUCAAUCUUUCAAGUUUUGAUUUUAACAUUGACAAGGUCAAGUCAUGUCUGUCUUUUUUAUGUUGCUAUUUAUGAUGUUGUUUUAGGUACAUAACCGCAGCCCUGCGGAUCACUUGAGUGAGACUUUUGGGGAAGCUGGUGUUUUUGUGAAAUGCUAAUGUAAAAAAUAAUUAAGCGCAAACGGACAGAAUCAAACGUUGCAGUGGUUUUAUUGGUUUCAUAUUUGUUAUUUCACAACAUGCUUAACGCACCGUAAACACAACAGAUCACAUAUAGUCAAAUAUGAUUUAGAUCCAAUGUGACUGAUUGGCUAUUUGACUACUUUUCACAGUAAUACAUUCAAGUUUUUAUCAUUUGAAAUUUAAAUCUUAAAACUUGGUGAACAUUCACUUUUUGGUAUUAUUCAUAUACAGGCAUUUCAAAUCCUGAGAGUGAACCAACAGUGUAGCUCCACUGAGUUGCUCUCUCAUUAUAAUCAAUAUAAAAUAGUUACAUUUGGUGCAAUAAUCUGUUGUAUGUAUGUAUUGUACUGUGGAAACUUUGAUACUACCACUUUUUAUUAUUGUUGUAUUUUUAUACUUGUGUACAAGGCCUUCUAUCAGUUGUUUUGUUGAUGUGUGUAGUGUUAACAGAGGUUACUGAAAUGUCACAUUCAAACAUCCUCCUCACCCUCCUUUACCAAAGAAUAAGACGUUAUCUAACUGUAGGCAUUUAUUUGAUUUAAAGAUAAUAUUCCAACAUCUCACAAAAUAACCUUAGCAUGAAAUUUCUUGUGUAAAAUGUAAAUGAAAAAAACAAUUGGCGACCACUAUCCCACUAAAGGUAUGAUUGUUUGAAAAAACUUCAAAUUGUUGCAUCUGAAUCGAUUCAAAUGGCAGUUUCUUGAAUGCAUUGUAAAUCGCUAUACAUUGAAGAUGUCAACUUAGUUAUUUGCAUCUUAUAUCAUCUGUUAUUCAACUUUGAAAGGAGUUCUCUUUUUAGAUUUAAUUCUUAUGUAGCCAUGGCCCAAAUUUCACUGAUUUUCUUUUUUUGAGAUUAUGGUUGACAUUAUUUUUUGCUGUUUCACAUUCUAAAGUUUGUCUUUCAUUUACGGUGUUUGCGUUGGAAUGUUUAUUUUUUAUUUUACUCAUUUUGUGUUUCAGGCUCUGGAUAUGGUGAGGUGGAGUCUGAAGGGAUAAACAUGCUAGCCAGAUGCACUGGAUAGCCCCUUUUUCACAGUAAGACAUUUUGACAUGUCACAGUAGGGAAAGCAGUCACUGUCACACUGUCAUGGCUUACUGAGACACUUAAAUAGACCCUCAAUGUCAACACCUUCUAAUGUCUGCUGUGAAAGAGGCCUUUGGUAGUCCCGCUCCAUCUUUUAGGUAGCCUUUGUUGAGGUAGCUUCGGCAACUUAAUGGGAGUUUCUUACUAAAAAUCUGAAACAUGUUUUGAGUUUUUAGUCAUUGAAACAAACAUUUAAAAUUAUUAUUUUGUCGACAGCUAGAGCUCCCAUGAUGCAUUGACAGUGUGCUGGUGGAACAGAGGCUAGCAUCUCUACCACUAAUUUCUGUAAAUCCAUGCAAUCUCUCAAAGGUCUUUUACCAGUGGUUCUUGGUCCAUAGUCUUCUUUUGUUUAAGAUUAUUGUUUUGGCAUGUUAGGCCUUUAUUUGAUAGGACAGCUUAGACAUGAAAGGAGAGAGAGAGAGAGG